AUGUUUGAAGUGGCAGUAGGUAGUGCGUUGCGGCGGGCGCUGGAAUCCGCGGUGGAAGCUGCGGUGGCUGCGGGAGAUGGCGAUGCGAAGGUGCGAUUGCUAGAGCUGAUUGAGCGUGGGAGUGUGCCGUGUGGUGAAUUGGCUGAGUUGUGUCGAGCUUGGGGUUCCGAGGUGUCAGUUUCAGAGGCGUUGUCUGGGCUAGAGUUCAAGUUCAAGGACAGAGAGACGAGGAAGCCUAGUCCCGAGUUUCAAGCGCAAUUGGCUCGGCUGCGUGCAUUGCAACAGGAGCAAGAGUACCAGCAGAUUGUGAAGAACCGUGAUCUUGCCAUCACCACUGAGUCAGAAGCAACGCCGGCGCAGAUCAACCGUGAGAUUAAGGAACAAGUAACGACGGUUUUCAAUAUCAUAAUCAGUGUCAUAUCUGUAGUGGUGGCCAUCUGGUACUGGUCACGUACGUCAGCUGGUCUGGCUAUACACCACAGGAUUUUCUUAUGCAUGUUCUUCGGGAUCCUGGUGCUUGUCGCAGAGGUGGUGGUUUACUCUAGCUACCUUUCCAAGAUCGAAGAGGCCAAGGCCAGCGAGAAGUCCAAGAAAGAGCAUAAAAAGCUGGUCCAAAAGUAUGUGUUUUGA